CCUUGUGGUCCAUGGGAAACAUGACUGUAACUAAUGCCUGGAACAGCUCUGUGACCAUGUUCAUCUUCUUGGGAUUCUCAGACCACCCAGAACUCCAAAUUUUCCUCUUUCUGACUUUUCUGGGCAUCUAUCUCGUGACCUUGACCUGGAACCUGGCCCUCAUCUUUCUGAUCAGAGGUGACACCCGUUUGCACACACCCAUGUACUUCUUCCUCAGCAACUUAUCCUUCAUUGACAUUUGCUACUCGUCUUCUGUAGCUCCCAAGAUGCUCUCUGAUUUCUUUAUAGAGCAGAAGACUAUCUCAUUCUGGGGAUGUGCCACUCAGUUCUUCUUCUUUGUUGGUCUGGGCCUCACUGAAUGCUUCCUGCUGACAGCAAUGGCAUAUGACAGAUAUGCUGCCAUCUCUAGCCCCCUGCUCUACACUGCCAUCAUGUCCCAGGGUCUCUGCAUGCGCAUGGUGGCUGCGGCGUAUUUUGGUGGCUUCCUGAGUUCUUUUAUUCAAGCCAGUUCCAUAUUUCAGCUCCACUUUUGUGGACCGAAUGUCAUCAACCACUUCUUCUGCGAUCUCCCACCGAUCCUGGCACUUUCUUGCUCCAGCACAUUCCUCAGCCAAGUGGUGAAUUUCCUUGUAGUGAUCACAGUAGGAGGGACAUCGUUUAUCAUCCUCCUGGUCUCCUACAGUUACAUAGUGUCUGCAGUCUUGAAGAUCCACUCCGUGGAAGGCCGAUGGAAAGCUUUCAACACGUGUGCCUCACACCUCAUGGCAGUGACCAUGCUGUUUGGGACAGCACUUUUCAUGUACCUGCGGCCCAGUUCCAGCUAUUCAUUAAGCAGAGACAAGGUAGUGUCUGUCUUCUAUUCGAUGGUGAUCCCCAUGCUGAACCCUCUCAUUUACAGUUUGAGGAACAAAGAGAUCAAAGAUGCUCUGUGGAAGGUGAUAGAGAAAAAGAAAGCGCUUUUUAGCUUGUGAGUGGAAACAUACUCCUCCACUCUACUGGAGGUGUGCAUGACCCAUGGCACUACCUCCCCCUC